AUGAUAUUCCCUGCCAAUCCAACGGUUCGCAGAUUCCGUAGACCAUCCGUUCCUUUUUUCAGAAAAAGGUUUCAAAGCGUCAAAUUUAACUCGAUUUCGCUGUCAAUCGUUCAAUCUGUACACAUGGCUAACAAUGAGGGAAAAGGAAGCGAGAAAAGCUCUGGAAAUAAUCGUGUGAGCCUCAAUGAAAGGAUUCUCAACUCAAUGUCACGAAGAGCUGUUGCUGCUCAUCCAUGGCAUGACUUGGAAAUUGGUCCAGGUGCACCUGCGGUUUUCAACUGUGUUGUUGAAAUUGGAAAAGGCAGCAAAGUGAAGUACGAACUUGACAAGGCGAGUGGCCUAAUCAAGGUUGACCGGAUUCUCUACUCAUCUGUGGUUUACCCACACAACUACGGUUUCAUCCCAAGAACCAUUUGUGAAGACAGUGAUCCCAUGGAUGUAUUGGUACUCAUGCAGGAACCAGUACUCCCGGGCACCUUUCUUCGUGCGCGUGCUAUUGGAUUAAUGCCUAUGAUUGACCAGGGUGAAUCUGAUGACAAAAUCAUAGCAGUAUGUGCAGACGACCCUGAAUUUCGCCACUACACUGACAUCAAAGAACUUCCUCCCCAUCGUCUUGCUGAAAUUCGUCGUUUCUUCGAGGACUACAAGAAGAACGAGAACAAAUCAGUGAAAGUGAACGAUUUCCUCCCUGCAAAUGAUGCAAUUGAAGCUAUCAAGUAUUCCAUGGAUCUGUACGCCUCCUACAUCGUUGAAAGCUUGAGGCAGUAAAAAUUGGUGUUAUUAUUAUUAUGUGGUAGGAUCCUUGAAAGUAAUAUAAUAAUAAUAUAUGGGUUAUGUUGAUGGUUUGUAUAAUCAUCGUUACUGUGUUUCUAGAACAAGAACAAAGGUUUAAAAGGGCUGUUGUGGUGAUGGAAUAUUGCUCUACACAUUUUAACAACAGAAACAAAACAUCUUUUCUUAUACUGUCACUAAAUAAAAUAUAUACGUAUAAAUAAUCUAGGAUGCAGUAUAAGAUACCGUAAAUUACAGAAAUGGUCCUUGUGGGAUAUUGAAAUUCUCACUUUAAGUCCAAGUUUCAAAAUUUUGGCACCAUUAUUCGUCAUAGUAUCAAGUUCUUCCAUUCAAUUUAUUUUAAUAUUUAUGAUAAAGAUACAGUGGUUGAUAAGGAUGCAUUUGUGGCUCCUACACCGACAGUAUCUUUCCGGUAAGAAAAAGAAAUCAUACAAACAUACACAUAAAGGCGACUUCUUAUAAUGAGACACAAUACUUUUCAAAAGUCUAAAUUUGCCCCCUGAUACUCUAUCACUUGGUCUUUGAUAGAACGAAGAACAUCAUGAACAUGGUCUCCAGUACAUGUGAUCAAUUUCUUCUUGAUUGUGGAAUAUGGAAGAAAUCCUUUUUCUCUGCAACUAUCAAUGGCUCCUUUGAACAUCUCCUCCAUAUCAUACUUAAACUUGAACCCCAUAUCGGUUAAUUUCUUUGAUGAAAAAGAAACUACGGGUAACUCAUCAUUAAUCCCUGGAAACCUACCAAAUCACCAUAUAUGUGAAUAUCAACACUCAACACAAACAAGAUGAAAGAAAAAAAAAACGCUAACUUUAGAUUUUCAUACUGAGUUGGAACGUGGUAUUCGGGCCAUUUCUCAUUGAUCAUUCUUGCCAAUUCAUGAAUCGUGGCAUCAUGGGAAGAGCAAAUGUAUCUCCCUUCAGCUUUCGGGUUCUCAUAUAGGUAUAUAUGGGACUCACAAAGAUCAUCCAAAUGCACGUAUUGACCUUGUUUUAUGAUCGAAUAGUGUGAUUCCUCACCUGGUUGAAGUGUAAACACACACACAAAAGUGAGAGCAUAUAUAGAAAAUACCUUCCUUUUUAUGAUUUUGUGGGGUGUGGUAUGUACCAUUGAUUAAAGAAAGUGCGGUAAUAAGGCUUGGAGGGAAUGAGGGAGUGAUGAAUGGACCAACGACUAAGGUCGGUAUGAUACUAAUGAAAUCGAUAUUGUUUUCCUUUGUUGCUUCGAAUGCUGCUUUUUCUGCCAAUGUUUUCGAUACGAAAUACAUCUGCGCUUGUUCACAAAUUUAAACAAUACAAUUAGCAGACCAAGUAUUUGAACUUAGUAGUAUUUGAUAUGAUGGAAUAGGAAACAAAUAGAAUGAUUUAUUCACAUGAACCAAAAAAAAUAUGAUUCCUUCCAUUUUGUAAAUUUUCAUUAUUGUUAUAUUCUUUUAUCAUUCGUUCCAACGAAAUAGCCGUGGAUCCCGGGAAAAACUUUACAUGUUCAAUAAUUAAAAUUCCGAAAUUUGGGUUUUGUUUUUAUUCCUAUAAAAGAGUGUCAUAUACUGAAGUGGGGACAAAUUAUACACUUUAUGUACUUUUA